GAAUUCAACUCUUUCGUUUCGCUGGAGCUGUCAUUAUUCGCAUGACGUUUCCGACAACAUAAAGUGAUUUUCAACAACACAACAUUUGUAUGCACCGGUUGACAUUAAUUAUUUCGCUGUUUUUGUGUCAAACAAAGUGUGUGAAGGGAAUUUUUUUUUCUCGCUCAACUAGUGAAUUCUCAAACGAACGCAUUCGAAACGACGCAAUAAAAUCGAAAGCAAAGUUGCACCAUUACACGUCUCAAUCGAUUGGAAAUUACGUGCAUCAAAAAUGACGGUGGAAACGAAUGCAAGAAUCGAACACGCUGAAUCGGAUAACUUGAUGCGUAGUUUCAAUAUUUUUCCGAAUUUUCGUAAACCGGUCAACAAUACCGAUGUGCGCAUCAGAUCGAUUAAAUUUUCACCGGACGGCCAAAAAUGUGUGGCGGCCAACAAUGAACGAACCAUUGAAUUGUACGAUUGCAAUACGGCCCGGUUUGAAAGACACUAUCAAUUGUUUAAGCAUGGCAUUAGCACCAUGGAAUACAUGGAUGCGAGUGAUAAAAUUGUUGUCGGUUCAAAUGUUCGUGGUGAUUUCGGCAUUCGUGAGCUAAAUUUGACAACCAAUCAGUAUGCGGCCACUUACAUUGGACACGAACAACCCUCGUAUUCGUUGUCAGUAAAUGCGGCCAACAAAUUGAUCCUUAGCGGUGGGUGUGACAAAUCGAUAAUGCUGUUUGAUUUUCGCACUCCAAACGCGCAAGUGGCCCGUCACAAUUUAAGUGCCACUCACAAUCCGUUGGUUGCAUUACAUCCAUGGACGGAUUUGUGUGCCGUUGGUCUCGAUGACAGUCGCAUUGAAAUCUAUGAUUUACGUGGCAUUCCAUACGGGCCGUUUGCCGUGUUCAAACUCAAUAACGACAAUGUGCGAUGGACGAGCUUCAAAUUUUCGGCAAAUGCCAAACAAUUUCUCAUCGGCACCAAUAGCCCGAAAAUUCGUGUGGUCAACUCAAAAACUGGUGUCAUUCAACAAGUCUUUGGCAGUCGUCGAAACACGCUGGAUAUUCCGAUUGCUGCAUCAUACACACCAAACGACGAGUACAUUCUCAGUGGUAGCUCCGAUGGCAAUGUUCUCGUGUUCAGCAACAACAAGAAAAAUACGGAACGCGAUAUGAUGGGCUAUGAACGUGAACAAAAAGUGGCCGAACUGCAUUCAUAUCAGCCGGAAGCAAUCACCGCCGUCGAAAUGAAUCCCAUAUACUCGCUCAUUGCAUCAGCCAGUUCGUAUGUCGCAUUCUGGACACCAACAAUUGAAAACUAAAUUCCAUGCCAGAUUUCUCAACCUAAAAUAUAUAUGUUUAGAAAAAAUGCACUUGGUUUGCAUCAAAAUGAUUGAAUUGUUUGCAAAAUUCAUUCUGAAUAUUUGAACUCUGAAUCCAUUGUGCAUGUGCAUUUUGCACCCUUUACAACCAUAGACAUUCAUGUGAAAUGAAUGCAAUAAAACUAUUUGUUGAUCAAUAAAAGAAGGAAUUUGAACG